AUGUCUGAAUUUAACAGCAGUUUUACUGCCCUUUUAAAUGACGGUAAGAACGCUCAACAUACUCAAUUAUCCGUCAAUGGUGGUAUCGAAUGUCCGUUAUCAGGUUUCCAAAUUCUGAAUUCUCCUUUAUUUAAUAAAGGUACUGCGUUCACUCAAGAAGAACGUGAACAAUUCAAAUUGGAUGGGUUAUUACCACCUCAGAUCAAUACCUUGGACGAACAGCUGGAAAGAACUUACAAACAAUUAUGUUUCUUAAGAACGUCCAUCACAAAGAAUGAUUUCAUGACCAAUCUACGUGUCACUAACAAGACUCUAUAUUUCGCAAUCAUUAAGAGAUACAUCUUGGAAUUGGUUCCAAUCAUUUACACUCCAACGGAAGGUGACGCCAUUGCCUCCUAUAGUGAUAGAUUUAAGAAGACCGAAGGUGUGUUUUUGGAUAUCACUGAGCCGGAUUCCGUAGAGGAACGUUUAUUAGCAUUUGGUGGUUCAAAGGAUAUCGACUACAUUGUUGUAUCCGACUCUGAAGGGAUUCUUGGUAUUGGUGACCAAGGUGUUGGUGGUAUUCGUAUCUCUAUCUCCAAACUGGCUCUGAUGACCAUUUGUGGUGGUAUCCAUCCAGGUCGUGUUCUACCCGUGUGUCUUGAUGUUGGUACUAACAACAAGAAACUAGCUAGAGACGAAUUGUAUUUAGGUAAUAGGUUCUCAAGAGUUAGAGGUAAGCAAUACGAUCGUUUUGUUAAGAAUUUCAUGGAUGCCGUGAAGAAAAUCUAUCCAAAUGCCAUUUUACAUUUUGAAGAUUUCGGUGUUGCCAACGCCAGAAGAAUCCUUGAAGAAUACCGUACUGAAGUGCCAUGUUUCAACGACGAUAUCCAGGGGACUGGUGCCGUGGUGAUGGCCUCUCUAUUGGCCGCUUUGAAACACACCCAUAGAUCUUUGCAAGAAUGUAAAGUGUUGGUCUAUGGUGCGGGAUCUGCCGGUCUGGGGAUUGCCGAUCAAAUCGUGAACCAUAUGGUGACCCAUGGCAUGUCCAUUGAAGAAGCCCGCGGUCAAAUAUACCUGAUGGAUAUCCGAGGGUUGAUCGUUGAAUCGCUAGAGGAAACCUCCACCGAACAACAACAUGUGUUUGCGAAGCCCGACGCCGAGUGGGCUUCCGUGAACAAGAAAUCACUAUUCGAGGUUGUCUCGCACGUGAAACCCACAUGUCUAGUCGGUUGUUCCACUGUCGCUGGUGCGUUCAACAAAGAGGUUGUGCAAGAGAUGCACAAGUACAACAAGAGGCCGAUCAUUUUCCCAUUAUCGAACCCGACCAGACUGCACGAGGCGGUUCCUGAGGAUCUAAUGGCAUGGACCAACAACGAGGCAUUGGUGGCCACUGGUUCCCCAUUCCCUCCCGUGAACGGUUACAGAAUCUCUCAAAACAAUAAUUGUUACUCGUUCCCGGGGAUUGGGCUCGGUGCCGUGCUCGCACAUGCCAGUACCAUCAGUGAUCGCAUGAUCAGUGCUGCAGUGGACGAGUUAGCUGGCUUGAGUGAAUUGAAAGAGGGCGAUUCCACGCCAGGGUUGCUACCUGGGUUGGAAGUGAUCAAUAACACCAGUGCCAGGAUUGCUACUGCUGUCAUUCUACAAGCCAUCGAAGAGGGAGUUGCCAGGAUUGAAGAAAAAGAGGAUCCUGAUCACGCAGGUAAACUGAUUCAAGUGCCUCGUGACUUCGAUGGCUGUAUGGAGUGGGUAAAGAAACAAAUGUGGCAACCCACCUACAGACCAUUAACCAAGGUCAAAUUCGAACCAAGUAUACAUACAUACCAACUGUAA